AAGAGGCAGAAGAUAGGUUACUAACUGAGGAGAGAGCAGAGUCCAAAGUUUGACAUCUAGAUACAAGGUGUGUGUGGACAGGAGGUGAGGGGACGAGUGUGUUUGCAGAAAGAGAUCGGGAUGAAGCGACACCAUGAGAAGUUAUCUAUCUCUUUGAUGAUCACUGUCUUCUGUUUGGGGAGCCUGCUGACCACUGCCUUCUGGAUCAUUGUGGACAACAGCCAUCUUGUACCAAGUAGACCACCUUCACCCAAGAAAAUCCCCCCUUGGCCCUCUGACCUUUGCAAAGGAUGCAGGGCGCUCAUUGAAAAAGUAAGAGAACGCUACUCAAAAACUUGGAAGAAGCAAGAAGAUAUUUACAGAAACCUCAGCUCUCAACUGAAAAGUCAGUGCCAGGGAUUUGACAGGGCCAUCAUUACCCAGGCCAACACUCCAGUGGGAUCAACUAUUGUGUACUCUGCGGAAAAGAACAAGAAGACCCUCAAGGUGACUCCAGAGAUUUUCAGCACCUUCAUAAAGGAGAAUCCAUUUCCAAAGAAAAAAUGGGAAACGUGUGCUGUUGUCGGGAACUCAGGGAUUCUGGCAAACAGCAGCUGUGGAGAGAUGAUCGAUUCGGCUGAGUUAGUUAUCAGGUGCAACCUACCUUCUUUGGGAAAAAGCUAUGAGAGACAUGUGGGCACCAAGACUGACAUCGUGACAGCCAACCCAAGCAUUUUGUUGAAGGAGUAUGGAGAUCUAAUGGGGCCACGCCGUCCAUUUGUGGAGAGUCUACAUAGCUACGGAAAAUCCAUGAUGGUUCUUUCCCCCUUCUCCUAUGCAGGCAAUACUCCGGUGUGCCUGAGGGCAGUAUACAGCAUUAGGGACUUUGAAAGUCCCAUUCAGCCCAUGUUCUUCAACCCUGAUUACCUCCGGAGUCUGAAAGACUUCUGGAGCUCCAGAGGCCUAACCAGAGGCCUACUCAGCAGCGGCUUACUGAUGGUUAGCAUAGCGCUGGAACACUGUGCCAACGUGCAUCUGUACGGUUUCUGGCCCUUCAGUAAUCAUCCAUUGGAACUCAAUGCCGUGAAAAACCACUAUUACGAUGAUAAAAAAGCAGUGAUGGGACCCACCUGUGGCACUUGAUUCCAGUAGAUAAGAGGGCUGCAGAACAGGCUCUCGGUCUCUCUCAGCUGCCCUGCUCGGUGCAGCAGGACACCGCUCCUCUGUUCUGUUUGAUUGUUGUUUGUAACCACUGUGUUGCAUAAAAUAAGUGAUUGUUUUGGGCAA